GUAUGUUGAACUGUGUUGAUGACAACGCUAAUGACGCUAUAUGUGCUCAUUAUAAUUUAGAAAUUUAUUUAAAAUUAAUUACUAUUACGAAAUUAAUUUCUUUUCUUCCACCUCAAAUCGGUUUAUUUCGACGGACUGGUGGACGGGACAGGAUGAAAAAAACAUGUUGACAAUAUUUUCGAUAUUCAAUAAAUAUAAUAGUUAUUAGUGGUAACUAAUGCUAUUUGGUGGAAUUUGGAAGACAAUUAAAUAUACACUGCUAAUUACUAUUUAGUCACUUCCUAGUUGUGCUUUCCAUUCAGCAAUAAAUAUGUUUGCUUCAAUGUUUAAAUCACUUCUUAAUAAAUCAGUUAUUGAUGCCAAGAAGGAAACGAUUGCGUUUGCGGUGAAAGAUGAUACUAUUAUAAUUAGUAGACAAGAUGUUGAGGACAUGCUAACUGAAUUGGAUGAAAUCAAAGAUAAUACAGAUAAUGAUGAUAAUUGUUCCGUGACAAAAGAUAAUGUUACAGAUGCUAUUGAGUCAUUGUCUAUCGCUGAUUACCAUCCAGAAUAUUUAAAUGAUAGUGCUUCAGUUGAUAAUUUUGAUGACACUAAAAGUGAAGUAAGCUCUAUUGGAGAAAACCAACUACCAGUUACUACAGUUGAGGAUCCCAAUAUAAAAAAAACUUUGAACCAAAUUAAUAGUCUUCAGUGUUUAUUUACGUGGAACAUAAAAUCAAAGAACAAAAAAGAUUUAAUUUUAUUCAUACGGAAUAAAUAUGGAGAAUACAACUUAAAUAUAACUUCAUCUGAAUUUACAUUAGAAAGGUUUAUAGGUAACAUAAUUAUUGGCUAUGAACUGUUUCAUAAUGGUGAGUCUGAAUUAGCCCAAAUGAAAAUAUUGGAAAUUGGGACAUGGCUUGAAGAUUUAGAUAAAGGUGUUGAUGAGUUUUAUUUAUCUAUUAAAACUGGUGUUCAACAUGUUAUGAAAGCAACUUUCAUUCAUAUGUUAUUUGCUACUAAUCUUACUGGAGAAUGUAAAUGGCUAUUGGAUGAUAUUGUAUUAUUUACUAACAUGGAUUCUAAAUCAAGAGCAUCUGUACAUGCAAUACGUUCAGCUGUCUUAAUUGAAUACGGUGAAAAUCCAAUCUACUUAAAAAAAGCUUGUGAGGUGGCGAAGAAAGCAUGUGAUUUAGAUCCUAAAACUUCUCAUUGGUUUUAUAUUCAUUCACUUGCAUUGACAGCUCAAAGAAAAUUCUUACUGUCACAUAAAUCAAGUCCAACUGAAAAUGAAAUGAAUACAAUUCAUCAAGCAAUUAUUUUGUCUAAUGGAAAAAAUGCUCUUUUCAAUUACCAUAACAUGGUUUUAUAUAAAGAUACUACAGUUGGAAAUUUUCAUAAUAAUAAAAAUAAAAAUGAUAAGUCUUGGUUUAAAAAAAAUGUACAAGAUAACAAAAAAAUUGUUCAUAUGAUCAAAACUAUAAUAGAUAUGGAUCCAAAAGACCCUCACUUGGUAGUUAAGUGUGCUAGAACAUUAAUGACACUUCCAAUUAUGGUCCGUGAUUUUAGUUUGGGAAAACAAUAUUUGACAAAAGCCUUUGAAAUGGCACCAAAUGAUGCCACUGUUUUACAAGCAAUUGAAAACACAGUUCAAGCUUAUAAAGAUGUUUCAAAAAAACAGAAACCCAAAACAAAUGAAACAAAACAAAAUCAACUCCCGGCAAAAAAUAAAACAUCAAAAUUAGGAAUGGAUUUAGGAUUUAUAGUGAAAAAACAAAAAAAUGGAGAAGAUCCUGUUCCUUUCCUCACUAAUUUGCUUUCUAAAUAUGAUGGACUAGAUAAAUCAAAAAUUAUGGCUCAGCUUUGUUCUUACUCUAUAUUAUUCGAAAACAACCUAAGAUCAGGCGUUGAACAGUUUAUUAAGUUGAUUGAACAAUCAGAAAUUGUCAGUAAUGAUACAAUUACAAAACAUGUUUCAUCAUUUGGUUCAAAGUCAUUUAGUUUACCAGAGCUUAUUUGUAACGAAAUCAGAUUGAUUACAAAUUGUGGCACUUCUUCUGAUGAUAUGCUCUAUUAUUUUAAAAUGUUAACUAAAAUCAUAGAGACAUGUAAUUUAAAACUUAAAGAGGUUGACUCAUCUAUGAAGAGCAAGCUCAUGAUUGAUUCUUCAGUCAAAUCAGUUAAAUCUACAUCCGUGCGAAGUGAAACUGAAUCAUCAGAUAAUGAGACCGUUGCUAAAAUUAAACCAAAAAAAAAUCAUAAAGCUAAGCACUUGCAAAAUACAGGUCCUAAAGUAUUUACACAGACUGUUAAAUUGAACAAAGGAGCAAAAGUUAUAAAUGCAAACUCCAAAAAUAACAAAAAUGCUUCAGAAAAAGCACAAAAUAAAAAACCACAGCCAAAAGCAAAUGAUGUUAAUAAAAUGAAAGUUAAAAUGGAAAAAGUUUUAAAUUCUGCCAAUGGAGAAGGAGUUGGAAUUUCCAAUAAAUCAAAGAAUUUGCCUAUGGAUAGUCAUUUAGAAAUGCAACAAGGAUUACAAAAUUAUACCCAGCAAUUAUAUCAAAAUAUUUUAGCUAACACGCAGGCACGUUUUAAUUCACCUAAUGUGUCUUCUACUGAUCUUAAUAACUAUUUCAAUCAAAAUCAUGCAAACUUUAGAUCACCAAUGCAAUCGAAUCCAUUUCAGAACCCAUAUACCCCACCAUUACUUAGUCUAAGACCUGAAAUAAGCCCUAAAAAUCCAAAACCUAAACCAAAAACAAAUGUUGUUCAAACACAUCCAAAAAAAAAAUGAGUUGAGUUUAUUUAUGUUUUUGAUUUCUUUCACCUAAAAUAUUCAGGGUUUUUUAGCAUUAAGAAAUUAAAUGUACUAUGAUUAUAACAUAUUAUGUUGUUGUUGACAUAAUAUAUAAUACAUUUUUUAAUUAUUUUUGUAUACAGCUUCAAUAUUAAAUUACAAGUAACUUAUGUUUUUGUCAUUUUACUAUUAUAAUUGUAAAGAUAUUCAGUUAUGACCAUAAUUAUAAAAAGAGUUUACUACAUAAA